AUGCCUCCCAAAUUGCGCGGCUCCUUACAAAGGAGCCUACGGCGUGUCCAGAAUAGCGCAUCGGACCUCCCCUGCCCGUCCUGCGCAACCUUUCGACGAGCGCUCUCUACGCGUCGGUCCGCCAACAUCUCCGACGGAAAUCGCCAGUCCUCAUCGUGGGCAGCGUCACCUCGCCCAUCCACCACUUCCUCGGUGAUCCAUUCCGGCAGACAGGUGCCACCGCGGUUGAGGGAGCUGUACGAGGCUCUGGGCCAGGUGCAAAAUGUUGCGACGGAACAGGUCAACCUGAGUCGAUUGCAACUUGCGUUGCGGGGGUUAGAGUCGGAGGUGCCUCUUAUUCGAGUAGCUGGUGGGUCUCUUUCUCUUUCGCUCCUGCAAUCGAUUACUUGCCUGGAGGAUGGAGCUCAUUCGUUCUUCUAG